GGGGACGUGGGACAAAGGUGGUGCAAGCUCUAAAACCCGGUUCCAGGCGUAGGGCCAAUUAGACCAGCGCCGAGGUCUCAUUGUUGCAUGCAGACCGGACUAUUUUCCCUCACCACAAGCUUUUUCUCUAGUCGAUUUUCUAGUCGAUUUUAGUACACAUUUUUGGGGGUGAGGUUCCUGUUUCUCGUUUCGUUUUACGGUGUUGGGGAUAAAGCAUGCAUGGGAGAGCUGCGUCCCUGUAGACUGGGCUCGCGUUGCUUAGCGCGGGUUGAUGGAGAGUGAGGGGCCUCAAACGGACAAGGAUACGUGAGGCACUUAUGCGCUCGCGAUAUUGCUCGAUCCUUGAGAGUUUUGACGGGCGAGAAAGGGUUGGUGGGCGAGUUGUUCUGAUCUGAUGGUCGAUGUGUAGAGGAAAGGCCCGUGAUUCUGUCGAUCGAGAUGGGAUGACACAGAUUGACUUGCCUCUAGCCCUGCACUGUUUCUAUUCUUUGACACGAAGGACAACAGAAUGGACUCUCGCUGAGACGCCCAAUUGUCGAUCUUCAGCCAUACGUCGGCAACGUACAACGCCGUUGAGUGGUGCAGCGGUGCUACACCAAGCAAGCAAUGUGGCGGAUGCUGGUGGUGUUUUGAUGUGGGAUGCCGGCGGCAAGCCAGAGACGAGUUCAAAGAUGUGCUAGACUG